GUCACGUCGUGUUGUUAAAGUGGUACAGGUUUAGUAUCUUCUGAACGCUCAGUUGUCGCGACGCUGGGGAGCUUGACCAGGAGCGGGAACACUGACCAUUUCAUACAAGGACCCGGAAUAGCCCGCCCAGGAUCUGACACGUCAUAUUUGUCCAUGAAAUAAGGACUGUUUCAAAAGGUGAUGACAACGGUUGACUGUAUCAGCUACGAACAUGUUCACGGGAGCCCCACAAUCCCCGAGGAAUCGACGGAGAGACAUGACAAUAUGCCUACAAGGAAAAAAGUCUCGUUCGGACAUGGUACCAUCGUGUUGUUCGAUGAUGAGGAGGAGGAACACGCAACAGAACCAGCACGGAAGACAUGCACACCCCACGACGUUGACGACACUCCGUCCAUCGCUCCAGAAGAUACGUACAAGCUGCGUAGUGAAUACAACGAGGACGAGCAGCCUGGCUCGAGGGUGAAAUUCUGUCAAACCGGAAGUCAAUCCGGACAGCUUCAUCACGCGACAGACGUGGGAGUUAUGGGUAAUGGCGAUCUGGUCGUCACUGAUAUGAUCUGUAGUAAGCUCAAGGUGUUUACGUCUAGUGGUGUGGUGGGUUGUGUGUACGCAGCGGACGAUGUAUCUGAGCCAUGGGGGGCGACGGAUAUCGGCUCAGAGAAAAUCGCUGUUACGUCCCGAAAAUCUCAGAGUGUUGUUAUUGUGUGUAAAACAUGGGGUAACGUUUUGAAAAGGUUUGGAAACGGUUUCUUUAAAUCUCCCUGUGGUAUAACAAACGUUGGGGACAGCACCGUCAUCGUAACAGAUGAUGUUGCCAACAGAGUAUCAAUUCAUGACGUAAAUGGUGGCAAGGUCGUUGCUUACAUAGGGGAGCAUCUGCAAUUCAAGAACCCUAGGUACGUCGCCGUGUCUGCCAACGGGAACAUUAUCGUCAGCGACAGCGGCAACCAUUCCAUCAAAGUGUUCGAUAGAAACCGAAAUUUUGUCCGUAGCUUUGGCAAGUACGGGCGCAGUGAUGGAUGUUUCCGGUUUCCUCAUGGUGUGUGCACGGACAGCCAUAACAAUAUACUUGUCGCAGAUCAGUACAACAGCCGCGUGUCUGUGUUCGACGAACUUGGACGGUUUAGCUGUCAUAUAGUCACCUCGCUUCAUGGAGUUCAGCAUCCACAGGGAGUGGCCUUGACCUCUGACCUUCGACUAUGCGUCACCGUUGGAGAUAUGAAACCAAACCGACUUUUGAUCUUCCAACUUGACAGAAUUGACAAAGAAACGGAAGAGAGUUGAUAAAUUUGUGAUAUUAAAUAUGUUCGAACUCCGUUAUCCCGAACCACAAGGGUCAGGGGAUCAAUUUCGAUAUACAUACUGCUAGUACUCGCGUGUACGUGUUUACCUAAUACCAACAGUUGUUAACACGAAGAUCAAGGUUGGGAAUUGUGAAUAAAAUAAAUGUUUCAAACAUA